AUGUUAGAGAACUGUAGGAACCUGGUCUCCUUGGUUCUCAUUGUCUCUAAGCCAGAACUGGUCAGCUUUUUGGAGCAAAAGAAGGGUCCCUGGGAUGUGAAGAGAAAGGAGACAGCAGCCAUACACCCAGCUCUGUGUUCUCGUGACACCCAGGGUUUGUUGCCAAAAAAGCCAGGCAUAGAAGAUUUGUUCAAAAAAGUGCUACUGGGAAAGUAUCGAAGCUGUGGCCUUGGGAAUUUAUACUUAAUGAAAGACUGGGACUGUGAAGGUCAUCUGGUCUAUGCUGCAAAUAAUCAUUCAAACCAUUUCGAAUAUAGGAUUGGAUUAAACCUUCAUUCAAACAUGUUUGAAAAUCAG